AACCCGUGAGGGGAGAGGAAGAAGGCGGAAGUGCCGCCACAAAAUGGCGGCUCCCGUUCUGCGGGUCCCGGGGCUUCUCCCGCCGCUCCGGGCCCCUCUGCGGGGCUGCCUCGGCCCGUGCCGGGUCCCGGGGAGCCCCGGGGCGGUUCCGGUCCCGGCUCCGGUUCCGGUUCCGGUCCCGGUGCGGGCCAUGGCCGGGCACAACCGCUGGUCCAAGGUGCGCAACGUGAAGGGGCCGCGGGACGCGGAGCGGAGCCGCCUGCUGGAGAAAAUGGCGCGGAUGCUGCGGGCGGCGGCCAGAGAGGGCGGCGCGGAUCCGGCGCUGAACCCGGGGCUGGCGGCCGUGGUGGCGCAGUGCCGGACACUGAACGUGCCCAAGGCCACCAUCGAGGGGGCGCUGCGGUCAGUGCGGGAGCGUCCGGCCGGGGCGGCGCCAUUGCUGCUGACCGCUCGGGGCCCGGGGGGGUCACUCGUCCUGCUGGACGUCCGAACCGACAACGUCCGGCGGAGCCAGGCCGAGCUGCGGACACUGCUGCAACGCCACGGGGCCACGCUGACCCCUGAUGUCCACCCCGAGUUCCAGGCCGUGGGCGUGGUCCGAGUGUCCGGCCGGACGCUGGGCCUGGAGGCCGCGCUGGACGUGGCCGCAGUGGCCGGAGCCCAGGACGUGACCACGGCCGGAGACGAGAUCCAGUUCCUGUGCGCGCCCUCGGCCCUGGGCAGUGUCCAGCAGGGCCUGGUGGCCGCAGGGCUCCGGCCGAUUGCGGCCGCCGUCCAGUUCCGGCCGCGGUCAGCGCUGGCCCUGCCGGACGGUCCGAGGGCCGCGGCCGAGCGGCUGCUCCGCGCUCUGGCCGAGUGGCCGGACGUCCACGCCAUCGUCCACAACGUCCAGGACAUCCCGGCGGUCACUCCCGGCGGUCACUCGGCUCCGGACACGACGGACAGCGGUCAAUAAAGGUGUGAGAUGUGGUCA